AUGGGGAAAGAGAUUAUUAAGUCUUCUGUGUGCGCCAAGAUCGUGCAGCUCCUGGGACAGAAUGAGGUCGACUGCCACCAGAAGCAGGUGGUCAUCCUGAGCCAGGACAGCUUCUACCGGGUCCUCACUCUAGAGCAGAAGGCCAAAGCCCUGAAGGGCCAGUUCAACUUUGAUCACCCAGAUGCCUUUGAUAAUGAACUCAUCUUCAAAACGCUCAAAGAAAUCACCGAAGGGAAAACGGUCCAGAUUCCCGUGUACGACUUUGUCACGCAUUCCCGGAAGGAGGAGACAGUGACCGUCUACCCCGCGGACGUCGUGCUCUUCGAGGGCAUCCUGGCUUUCUACUCCCAGGAGGUGCGGGACCUGUUCCAGAUGAAGCUCUUUGUGGACACGGACGCGGACACCCGGCUCUCCCGCAGAGUCCUGAGGGACAUCAGUGAACGAGGGAGAGACCUGGAGCAGAUUUUAUCUCAGUACAUCACGUUUGUCAAGCCUGCCUUUGAGGAAUUCUGCCUGCCAACAAAGCAAUACGCGGAUGUGAUUAUUCCUAGAGGUGCGGACAAUCUCGUGGCCAUCAACCUCAUCGUGCAGCACAUCCAGGACAUCCUGAACGGUGGGCUUUGCAAACGGCAGACCAACGGCUGUCUGAACGGCUACACGCCCUCCCGCAAGAGGCAGGCUUCAGAGUCCAGCAGCCGGCCACACUGACCCCGCCCCUUGCGGCUGGCCUUGGGGGGGCCCCCUGGACUGUACAUACCGUUGCCUAUGGCGUUGCUGUAUUUAAGAAAACAUCAUGGAGAUGAAAUGCCUCGGUUGUUUUUUGUUUGUUUGUUUUCUCCCCCCUUUUGUACUUUGGAACGGCAAAAUGAAACAGAACUUGAUCCCCGAGCUUACAGGACAAGCUGUGCCAACUACUGGGAAUGCCUGAUUAAGAAUCCAACGUGUAACCAGUUAUAAAUACAUACAUAUAUAUAUUAUAUAUAUAAAAGGAUCUAUUUUUGUGUACGUGUACAAAUAAUGUAAAGCUGUUUGCUCUAAGUAUUUUGCUGGAGGGCCGGGGCUAGAGGGUCACUGAGGUGGAACUGCCAGGCGGGAUUGGUGUCCAGGAGCCCUGGCACAGGACAGCUCCCACGGGCUUGACAGCCCCGAAUGGCCUCACUGUCAGAUGCUAGACCUUAAGGAGUGUCAAUGAGAAAGAACCUGUCCUUUUUUGAAUUGAAAUUAGAUAAGACCUCAACUCAAAAACCAAACUCAGGGAAGAGGCCGCCCUAGGAAAGCAGGCCUGGUGCAUUUUCUCCCUGCCCAGUUGCCCUCUGUCUGCUUCCUGGCUGGCUCUGGGACCCCUGCCUUCCUUUUCCAUUCCUCAGUCUCUCUAAGAAGCCGGAGCUGCCACCGUGUCCUGCCCUGCAGGGACUUAACAUCAGGUCCAGGUAGAAGCAGGGAGGGACGCUCGACUGCUGACAGGAAGGUCGGUGGUUCAAGCCACCAGCCACACACUAGUCUGCUGUACAGAUGGACAGCCUCUACCCUGUCCUACAGGGGCAGUGCAAUGGCAUUGGGUUUGGUUAGGUUGUUUGCUUGUUGUUUUUGGUCAUGCCUAAAGUAACUCUGGUUUCCUGUGCCUGGCAAGAAAAUAUCAGAUCCUCUUCCCUGGGGUCCCCAUCUUGCUGAAUGCUUGUGGCCCCAUGGAGCCUGGACUUUGGCUAUGGACUCUGGCCAGCCUUCCCCAGCAAGGUCUGCCUGCUUAGAGGGAGACCUGGGGAUUUGCAGUGAGAGAGGCCCUCGGGCCCCUUUGAUGGGGCUGGCCCCCCACAGCAGCACCAGCAGGAUGGUGCACCUACACUGCUGAGCGAUGAGAGCGGGGAGGGGCCAGCGGAGAUAAAGAUGGCGUUUCAGAUGGAAGAUGUUUGGGGCAGGGAAAUCCCAACUUCCCAGGCCUUUAUCCGGGUGGUAACCUCUGCCAGCAAUGCCGAUUUCUGAUGGACUCUUGGGCUGGUGUGUGACCGACACUGAGCCCAGCCCGUGUCAGGAGGGCCUUGUCUGCAGAGGACCUUCCUGGUGCCCGGGAGGAAGUGUCCUCAGUUAUUCCAUUGUGGCUGUCACUCCCUAGGGCAUCUUGGGGACCGACCCCCCACCCCUCGCUGGGUUGUCCCUGGAAUCUGUUUGAGCCGCACAAGCAAGUCUGUUGCCAUUACCACCCCAUCAUCUAGUUUUCCCAGCUUCAGCAGCAGCAUCUCAUUGGGGCCCCUUUUCUGGUCUCACUCGGGCCCUACAUCUGUCUCGCUGGUUUUUGCAAGCAGUCACACCCAACCCCGGGCAGGAGCGCUGGGGAGACUGCUCUAGGCUCUGGAGGGCCCACCUGCUGGCAGCGGCGGCCAGUUUGGAGUAAAUGGAGGCUCCCAAGGUGCUCGCUCACGGGGUUGCACACGCUAUGGACUGCUGUCCGUAGUCUUGCCUCGUAGAGUUUUGAGUCAAAGGUAGAUGGCGGGCCCAGGUCAGGAUCCUGAGGACAGGGGUACCCUGUUUGUACCCGGGUGAAACCUGCCUCUGUCUGUGAGAGCCUUGACCUUUCUGUGGGUGGCAGGCUCAACUGUACUUGAAGCUCCCAGGUGCCAAACCACUUAGUGCCUUGGCUCUCUAUCCCACUGCCUUGUAAGACGGAUUCUUCUCAUCUCCGAGCCUUUACUCACAUAGUUGCUUCCUCAUCCACCUGUGGUGUUGGGACCAAGCCUUCGUUCGUCUCUUGAGUAGGCCACUCCCGGGGUGGACACUGCUUUGAGGCUGCCCUGGCCCAUGUAGAACAGUCCCCCACACCGUGAUGGUUCGGCUUAGGACUCUGGGCAGUAUUUGUGCCGCGUGACGGGCAGGACUGUGGAUGGAGGGUUUCCCCAGCUCUGUGACACGCUGUGUGGGAGGAGCGGGGACCGGGAGGCUCUGCCCCAGCAUUUAGUCAGGGAUUCUGAGCUUUCUGCGCGAGAAAUCGUAGGCUUCUUGAGUAUCUUAACCAUCGGAUUUCUGAUUUCACUGGAGGGUCGGGGAACAUGGUGGUUAGAGAGACCCUUUUGGCCAUCAGCUCAUCUUCAUUGUUCAAGGAGGCCUAGAGGCGCAGGCUGCGGCCAGCGUGGCAGACCUGUGCACGGAGUGCCUUGGCUGCAGCCCACCCAGCGGUGCUUCUCCCUCCCUGCCCGCACACUGUCCACAGACCAGCUGCCAAGGAAAGCAGCGUCUGGCCGAGCCUACAGUCCUUCACUGGGUGAAGCCUCUCACCCGGGCAGCGUGAGACCCGUGUGAGCAGAGGUGGGAGCCUGUGUAAGACGGUCAGGCCUUGGAAGGGGCGCUGAUUACAGAGUGGGAGAGGGUGGCAGGAGGCAGCGAGUCAGCGGUGAUCUCCACUUCACUUUUGCCCAGAACUAACCUAAUUACCUCUGCUCGUUUCCUCUUUGGCGUGGCCGGGUGAACGUUGGCAUCCUGCCUCGCUUGGGCCUGGGGCCGAAUAUUUGUCACCUGAUCCAGGAUGGGUUCCCAGUCUCUCACUAGGUCAGGCUGGAGGCUUGCAUGCUGCUCUGGGUGGUCAGGAAGCAGGAGAGGCCCAAGCCCGAUCGGUCUGUUACUUUCCUGGAUCUGUGGGCAGCUUCGUGGGCAGCAAUCUUGGCCUGUGUUAACGGGCCAGGGCGAGGGGAGGGAGACAUCUUUCCCUGUGCUCCAGUAAUGCCCAGGGCAAGGAACAGGGCUGGGCUUGGUGUGGAGACCAGUGUAAGUUUGGCUCCCGGGGUGUUAAAGCACUUGGCUGCUCACUGCAAGGCUGGCAGUUUGAAUCCACCCAGAGAGACCUUGGAGGAAUGGUGUGGCUAGUGAUGUUGACUUCAGGAAGAUCGGCCCCGGGAACCCCUGGAGCCCAUUCCUUUAUACCUGGAGUCACCAGGAGUCAGAAGUGAGUUGAGAGCACCUGGUUCCUUGGUUUUCUCCUUGGAGUGGAGGUCCGGGUCAUGGAAGGGCUUCUGGGAAGAAAUUGUGCGUUCUCUGCCAGCCUUGUCUUGGACACGUUUCUCAGGGUGGGGUGGGGAAAUAAUCCUCGUGUCUGGUCGAAAGGGAGGCCGCGCUUUGGGGCGGGCUGGCGGGGCUAGAUCAAGAGCUCAAAGGCUCUCCGUUUGUCUGUGCGCCAUCCGCAGCGCUCCCUGGUGCUGGUGCCAAGGCCGGCUCCUCUGUCACUGAGAGGUGGUUGGUGCCUUGCCAAUCCUGUCUCGGGAGCAGGGCGAGCUGCUAAAUACUUUCUAUUAAGAUUCCCUCAAGAGGCUUGCGUUACAAACAACACUCCCACCCCCCACUUUUUGUGUGUGCGGUUUGCUUUGUUUUUUUUCCUUUACUGCUCUUGCCUUUAUUGUUAGUAGUUAACGAAAAUGGCCGCCAAUUAUCUGUACUUUCCUGUAAAUAAAGACUGAAGGAGAAGAUCCGA